AUGGCCCCCGAGCCCGAACCAACCGGCGCUGACAUCAACACCUUCAAUGACACGUGGCAGCAGCAGAAGGCCGCUCCCGUGGCCGACUUUGCGGCGUGGGAGCGCGCACUCAAGGCAGACGGCAAGUGGCCGCUGCAGCUCAAGGGGCAGAGGACGACCCACGUGGCGACAGCUGUCGUCAAAGGCGCCGGUCCAGCUGGCAUCUCCGCGGCCCUCGAGCUCGACAAGCUGGGCUUCCACGUGGUGCUCGUCGACUGCAGAAACGCCAACGCGCGGCUCAACAUGAUCGCCGUGCGCGCGGAAACCAACCGGCGGCUGCACGAGCUGGGCGCCCUGAAGCACCUCAAGGCGCACGCGCGCUGGGCGCGCAUGGCGCGGCGCGAGAUCUUUGACGAAUGGACGCAGCAGUUCCUGGAGGCGGAGAAGGCCCCCGUCUUCUUCGACGCGCCGGGAUACGCCCGCCCGGCGGCCCUCUGCGACCAGAUCUCCACGCACUACACGUCGACCGCGGACCUCGAAACCAGCUUGCUCAUGGCCGUCAAGGACCAGGCGCAAAGCAGCGCAACGGGGGGCGUCAAGGUCGUGCCACACGCGUCUAUUCGGGUCACCCGCGCGCCCGGCACGAAGCGCGACCGCGUGACUCUGGUCCCCAAGGACGCAUCGCAGCCGUCCGUUGACCUGGGCUGUCCGGACCUGGUCGUCUGGGCCACCGGCAAGCGCGACCCCGACCUCGCGCGCGACCUCGGGAUCACGCAGCAGUACAACGUGGACCUAAUCAACGGCCCCGGCGCGCCGCCGCUCGAGCCGCAGGCGUUCCUGCUCUUCCAGCUGAAACCCAAAACCCCUGCGUCCGCGCUGCGGUACAUGCACACGGUUCUCACCAAGGAGCUGUGUGACGCCAAACCGCAGAAGCUAAUCCGCGGGUGGGUGUACGCGCACGGGGUGCUGAACUGCACCAUCCAGCUGCCGUGCGGGCUGACCCCGCGCGGGCAGUCGGCGCCCCCCGACCCGGAGCAAGUCGCGCGCCACGUGGUGGGGCAGGUGAACGCGGAGCACGGGACUUCGUACGCGAGCGUGGACGCGCUGCUGCGGGACUAUGACGUCACCUACGGCUCCAUUAGCAACAUCUUCUGGGUGGACACGUCACUCGCGUCCGCGCUGACACAUGGCAGCAACCUGGUCCUGGCGGGGGACGCAGGCGGCACGUCGUCCCCAGGUUCGGGCACGGGCGCGGCAACCGCGAUUGUUUCGGACAGCGAGAGCGUGGCGCGGCUCGGGGCGGGCCUGCUCGCGCGCAAGCGCGCGAAGGCGACGUGCGGCGCGGCCGCGGCCGCGCCGAAGCGCGCCGCCCUGAUGGCGCAGUACGCGCGGGACAAGAUGGACGCCAUCCUGGCGUGGGCAAAGUCCGCGCGCAUGUACCUGGUCACGCAAGCAGAGGCGGAGGAGAUCCGAGGACCCCUGAAAAAGACCGACGAUCUGAAGGCGCUGCGCGAGAGAGCUGCUCUCAAAACGUUGGCUGUUACAGUGCCCAGACAGGUUGAGACGGAUCAGAAGCGCUCCCCUCUUGCGGCUCUCAACCAGGUUGAGACGGAGAAGCGCUCCCCUCUUGCGGCGUUCAACCGGCAACGUGGCUUCUAG